AUGAUCUUCUCGGUAAUACAGUUUUUGAAUUCAGACUUGUCCUUCUUGAGAACCCAGUCCAGAGAGAUCCAUUACUUGGGAAUGGAAAGAUUGAUCUAUAAUUUCCGAAGGAGGCGUCCACCCCCGAAGAAGUUCAAGGAGGCAUCCACCCCGAAGAAGUUCAAGAAGGCGUCCACCCUCGAAGCAGUUCAAGGAGGCAUCCACCCCGAAGAAGUUCAAGGAGGCGUCCACCCUCGAAGCAGUUCAAGGAGGCGUCCACCCUCGAUGAAGUUCAAGAAGGCGUCCACCCUCGAAGAAGUUCAAGGAGGCGUCCACCCUCGAAGAAGUUCAAGGAGGCGUCCACCCUCGAAGCAGUUCAAGGAGGCGUCCACCCUCGAUGAAGUUCAAGAAGGCGUCCACCCUCGAAGAAGUUCAAGGAGGCGUCCACCCUCGAAGAAGUUCAAGAAGGCGUCCACCCUCGAAGCAUUUCAAGGAGGCGUCCACCCUCGAAGAAGUUCAAGGAGGCGUCCACCCUCGAAGCAGUUCAAGGAGGCAUCCACCUCGAAGAAGUUCAAGAAGGCGUCCACCCUCGAAGCAUUUCAAGGAGGCGUCCACCCUCGAAGAAGUUCAAGGAGGCGUCCACCCUCGAAGCAAUUUGAUUCUCACUCUUUCACUGUUAAUCUCUCUCUCUCUUUCUCUCUUUCACUCUUACUCUCUCUCUCUCUCUUUCUCUCUCUCUCUCUCUCUCUCUUUCUCUCUCUCUCUCUCUCACUCUUACUCUCUCUCUUUCUCUCUCUCUCUUUCUCUCUCUCUCUCUUUCACUCUUACUCUCUCUGUUUCUCUCUCUCUCUGUUUUUCUCUCUCUCUUUCUCUUUCUCUCUCUCUUUCACUCUUACUCUCUCUCUUUCUCUCUCUCUCUCUUUCUCUCUCUCUUUCACUCUUACUCUCUCUCUCUUUCUCUCUCUCUCUUUCUCUCUCUCUCUUUCACUCUUACUCUCUCUUUCUCUCUCUCUCUCUCUCUCUCUCUUUCUCGCUGUUGUUUUCCUUCUUCCUCUCUUAUUCUUUCUCGUUAUUUCACUCUCUUUCUCAUGUUCACUUUCGUCUCUUCCAUUCUUACUUUAUCUUCUUUUCUCUCUCUCUCUGUCGCUCUCAUUUAAUUCCUCAUUCUGUUCCUAUCUAUCUAUCUAUCUAUCUAUCUAUCUAUCUAUCUAUCUAUCUAUCUCAUCUGUUCAUAUCUAUCUGUCUGUUACUAUCUAUCUAUCUAUCUAUCUAUCUAUCUCUUUUCAUAACGCUAUCUAUCUCAGUCUGUUCAUACCUAUCUAUCUCACUCGCUCAGUCUGUUCAUAUUUAUCUAUCUGUCUGUCUAUCUAUCUAUCGAUCUGUCUAUCGAUCACACUAUAUUCAUAUCUAUUUCAGUCUGUUCUUCUAUCUAUCUAUCUAUCUAUCUAUCUCAGUCUGUUACUAUCUAUCUAUCUAUCUAUCUAUCAAACAAUCUCUAUUUAUCACUCUAUGUCAGUCUGUUCAUAUCUAUCUCAGUCUCAGUCUGUUCAUAUCUAUCUAUCUAUCUAUCUAUCUAUCUAUCUAUCUAUCUAUCUAUCUGUCUGUCUGUCUGUCUGUCUGUCUGUCUGUCUCAACCACAGAGCCUCCCUUUCUGAUUUAAUCCAACAAGUGUGGGAGAAUAUCUGUCUGUCUGUCUUUCUGUCUCUGUCUCUCUUCCCCCCUCUCUCUCUCUCUCUGUCUCUCUCUCACUCUCUCUCUGUCUCUCUCUCACUCUCUCUGUCUCUCUCUCUCUUUCCCACAGACGCAACUUUGUUCUCAUCUAUCUAUCUAUCUAUCUAUCUAUCUAUCUAUCUCAAUGUCUACAUUAUCUAUCUAUCUAUCGAUCUAUCUAUCUAUCUAUCUAUCUAUCUAUCUUUUGUUUUCAUCUAUCUAUCUAUCUAUCUAUCUAUCUAUCUAUCUAUCUAUUUAUCUAUCUCAAUUUGA